AUGCAGCCGGACGAUGCCAACCCCGCCGACGAGCCAGAAGAAUACAUCGCACAUCUAGACGACCUCCGUCACAGUAUCGCCUUUAUUGAUGGUCUGAAGUCUGCGACGCACACAAACGGCCCUCUGGAUGAGGAGACAGUCGAGCGCCUGCGCCAUCCGCCACAACAUGAGGUCUGUCUUGCGGACGCGGACAUUCUCAAGUCGUUGGGGCUAUACAUGGAGCUUCAGAAUAGCUCACAGAGCACCUACACAUCGGUCCGCGACGUACUUUACAAACGUUAUCCGGAAGACAAGACACUGUCACUGUACGAGGUCGAGAAGAAAAUCGCCGAGCUGACUGGUGUUGUCCCGGUGCUCACGGAUAUGUGCCCUGGGACUUGCAUCGCAUAC